AUGAAAUUGAAGCUCACAUCAGCUCUUAUACAUUCUGGCUUCACACAAAGCAAGCUGGACUACUCUCUAAUCACCAAAAGACAGAACAAUGACAUAGUUAUUAUCCUGGUUUAUGUUGAUGAUUUGUUAAUUACAGGGAGUGACCAGGAGAUAAUUCAAGAGGCCAAAACUAUUUUGAAUGAAAACUUCAAAAUGAAGGACUUGGGAGAGUUGAGAUUCUUUUUAGAAAUUGAGUUUGCAAGGUCAAGCAGGAAUCCUUAUGAACCAAAGGAAAUAUGCACCGGAGCUUUUCAGGUUCUGAGUCAGUUUAUGAAUGCUCCAAAACAAUCUCACUAUGAAGCAGCUUUAAGGGAAGUCAAUUACAGGAUAUUGCAUAAAACUGGAAGAUUCCAUUAUCUCAUGGAAAUCAAGAAACAGAGUACUGUGUCAAGGAGUUCAGCAGAGGAUGAGUAUAGAAGUAUGGCCACUAUUGUGGCUGAGUUAGUGUGGGUGCAUGGGUUGUUAGAAGAAUUGGGAAUGAAGGUUGACUUACCUAUGGAGCUUCAUUGUGACAACAAAGCAGCCUUACAAAUUGCAUCUAAUCCAAUGUAUCAUGAGCGUACAAAGCACAUAGAAAUUGAUUGCCACUUUAUUAGAGAGUAG